AUUAGAAAAGAGGAGUGAGAGGCUUACAUGUAUAUCUGAUUGGACACAAUUUCCUUCACAUAAAUCAAAGACUCAAACAUUAACACUCCAACACCAGCCUCCUUCUUCUGUCCACGCACAUACACGCCGCCGCCUCCUCUGUUACAAUCAACUCUCAUGGCUUCUUCUGCAAUUGCUCCAAAUUCAGCUCCUUUUCUAAAACAGAAAGAGUUGGGUGCUGCUCUCUCUUCUUUCUCGUCAUCACCGGCAUUUUCUGUUCAGAGAUGCAAGAGAACGGUCUCCAAGAAGAUUUGUUCUGUUAUGACUCCGCAGCAAUCGGAACGCAAGCCCGCCACCACUGGCUCGGUCAAGACAGCCAUGACUAUGACCGAAAAGAUUUUUGCUAAGUCUUCUGAGAAAACCCAUUUGAGCCCUGGUGAGAAUGUUUGGGUCAAUGUUGAUGUUUUGAUGACUCAUGAUGUUUGUGGCCCUGGUUCCUUUGGUAUAUUCAAGAAAGAGUUCGGAGAAAAUGCUAAGGUUUGGGACCGUGAAAAGAUUGUGAUCAUACCUGACCAUUAUAUAUUUACAAGUGAUGAACGUGCGAAUCGGAACGUGGAUAUCUUAAGGGAUUUCUGCACUGAACAAAACAUCAAGUACUUUUAUGAUAUUAAAGAUCUGGGCAACUUUAAGGCUAAUCCAGAUUACAAAGGUGUGUGCCAUGUAGCUCUUGCUCAAGAAGGUCAUUGCAGACCUGGAGAGGUCCUGCUAGGUACAGACUCUCAUACCUGCACUGCUGGAGCUUUUGGACAAUUUGCUACUGGAAUCGGGAACACUGAUGCAGGUUUUGUGUUGGGCACUGGCAAGAGUCUGCUUAAGGUGCCACCUACCUUGAAGUUUGUUAUGGAUGGUGAAAUGCCAGAUUAUAUUCUUGCUAAAGAUUUGAUUUUGCAAAUUAUUGGUGAAAUAUCUGUUGCUGGCGCAACAUAUAAAGCUAUGGAAUUUGUCGGCUCCACAGUUGAAAGUUUAAGUAUGGAAGAAAGGAUGACAUUGUGCAACAUGGUUGUCGAAGCCGGGGGAAAGAAUGGUAUAGUUCCUGCAGAUAGCACUACAUACAAGUACCUGGAGGAUAAGACAUCUGUACCCUAUGAGCCUGUGUUUAGUGAUGCUCAAGCAAGGUUUCUUUCUGAGUACAGAUUUGACAUCUCAAAAUUGGAGCCUUUGGUGGCAAAGCCUCAUUCUCCUGAUAAUCGUGCUUUAGCAAGAGAGUGUAGAGACGUGAAAAUUGAUAGAGUCUAUAUCGGAUCUUGUACUGGUGGUAAAACAGAGGAUUUUCUUGCUGCGGCUAAAGUUUUCGUAGCUUCGGGCAAAAAGGUUAAAGUUCCAACAUUCCUUGUCCCAGCUACCCAAAAGGUGUGGAUGGACUUAUAUAGUCUCCCAGUGCCAGGAUCUGGUGGGAAGACUUGCUCCCAGAUAUUUGAAGAAGCUGGUUGCGAUACACCCGCUAGCCCUAGUUGCGGUGCUUGUUUGGGGGGUCCAAAAGACACUUACGCACGCAUGAACGAACCUAAGGUUUGUGUGUCAACAACAAACAGGAACUUCCCAGGCCGAAUGGGACACAAGGAAGGCGAGAUAUAUCUUGCUUCACCGUACACAGCAGCAGCGUCUGCAUUGACCGGCUAUGUCACAGACCCUAGAGACUUCUUACAGUAAGAUGUUCAUAGUCGUCGAGUUGAAUAUGAACUCGAGCCGUAUGCUGUUUUUCCGUGGAGACUAAGGAGGGUAAAGCUUGACUUAGUUUCUUGUCAUAUAUCCAAUUAUUAUGUUUUGUUUAGGACAUCAUUGCUUUAUGAGUCUUGAGUGUAGUCAUUGUUUUGCUGAAUAAAAGUUUACCCUGUUUCGAGUUCUUUCUUGUACUAGGAGAAUUGCUGUUUCUUACUUAUUAGCUAGUAGUACAAUAAUUCUUAUCUUUGAGGCUCAAUACAUAUAUGUAUAUGUAUGUAUACAUAUGUAUAGCAAUGGGAGGACGAGUGAGUGAAGCAUGUUGGUUGGAGGUGUAGCAUUGUAUCCUAUGAACCACUUUUGCCCAAAACACUUAAAUCUCACUCUAAGCAAGAUAUAUAAAUAUGACAUGAAGAAGUUUCUCUUGUGAAA